UCCUUCAUUUGUCUCUGAAUCUCGCCGAGGGGCACUUCAUGUGUAAAGGAUUUGUAUCAAGUUCGGAGCGCGUCAUUUCGUAAGUUUUGCGUUCGAGAUAUAAUGAACUUAUUCCAAAGUUUUAACAUGGUUAAGUGAUUAUUAUAAAUUAAUUAUAAAGUUCAGAGUGAGAUGUGAUGAGGUGAUUUUGUAAACAAAAAUGACAAAUGUAUUAAAAUUUGAUGUGUUGUUUUUAGUUUCUGCUAUUUUUAUCCAAGGUAUUUUCGGUCUAAAAAACGUGAAGCUGACAAUAGAACCUAGUAUCGUUCAGCGAUUCAAUCAGUCUGUUCUUCAUUGUUCAUACGAUUUGGAAAAAGACAUUUUAUAUUCAGUUAAAUGGUACAGGGGACGCUUCGAGUUCUACAGAUACACUCCCAGUGAAUAUCCCAGUAUCAAGACAUUCGCGUUGAAAGGGAUAAAUGUCGAUGAAAAGAAGUCGAAUUCAACACAAGUUGUAUUGAAAGAUAUCGACUUCAGUAUUUCUGGAAACUUCAGCUGCGAAGUUACUACCGAUGCUCCAUUUUCUACAGGGUUCGACAGGAAGACGAUGAUAGUGAUACAGCUUCCAGAAUUUCCACCAACGAUAAGUGUGGAAGGAGAGCCUUUAGAUUACUUGGAUACAUUGAAAGCGAAUUGUUCUUCCUCGCCUUCAAAACCGAAAGCAUCAUUAACGUUUAUAUUAAAUAACGUCACGAUUGCAAAACAGGAGCCUAUACGAUCUAAUAAAUUCAACGAAAUGCCCUCAUGGAGUGAUUUGAACGUUAACAUGCUCCUUUCACAAGAACAUUUCGACGGUGGAAGAUUGAUACUACGUUGCAUCGCGGAGAUUGGAGAUUUGUAUCACGAAGAGGCAGUACUCAAAUUACGUAGUGUUCGUGAGCCCGUCCCAGAAAGAGUAAGCGCCUAUAGCAUUGCCCCGAAUUGCAGAUCGUCUCACCCCGCUCUGAAAUUGAGUAUUUUAAUUUCAACGAUGUCAAUUUUUAGUUACAAGCUGUUCAAAUAACUUUUCAUGAAUAUGUAAGAACUUGGUAAUAAUGUAAUUUUUUUGUUCAAACAUUGAUGGCUGAAUCAAUUAUAGAUGUUAAGAGAGAAAUAAUUGUUAUUUGUUGUUUAUGCAAUAUAUUUACACAAAGUAA